GAACGCGUACGGAGGUUGUCUAUCGUGAGCACGCGCAAGAGAGACCGCGAGCGUCGUGCGAGCAAAUAAAAAUGGCGUAGUGAUCGGCGAGCGUGAGUGUUUAUCGUUCUGCCACCCGCGUUUUCACAAACAGAUGUGUGUCCACCAUUGGAAACGCCGUCGUCCGAGCGAUUAGGUUAUACAUUUUCCUGCGGGAACAGUCGAGCUGAGGAGUGCGCCAUGAUCGAGUCGGGACGACGAACCCGGCGACAUCAUUAAGGUGAUUACUUAUGCAGUGUGUAUCCCGAGUGUGCUUUGGUGAGUCGCGCGCGUCGAGGCAAGGAAUCCCGACGGUCGAUGUCUUUGUCGUCAUCGUCUUUGUCGCAUACCCGUCAAUGACGACGCUGACGCGAACGACCUAAACGUCGCGACGUGACGCGAUAUAACGUGACGCAACGCGACGCAACGUGACGGGUUGACACGGCGAGUACGUGUAUCCGGCCACGACACGUGCAUGAACCCCGAAAAAGCAGACGAGGGAUGUCCUACGCGGCGGCCACUAGGAUUCGGUGAUCCUGCCUGCUCGUGACAGUUCGACGACUCGCUCCGAUCCGGGCGAGACCAAGAUGGCGCCACCGACGUUUUGACACUUGCCGAAGGACGACCCGUCAGCUGGACUUCAUCGCCGCCCGCAGGCGACUCGUCUAUUAUGAGUAGAGAAUUCUACGUACCCUGCGUCACACCUUACGUUUAUCAGCAGUGCGGCAGCAAUAGCGGCAGCGGUGGUUCGACGGAGGGUGUCGUGGUGAACGUCAGUACCAGUAACGGCGUCGGCAGCGGUGGCAGCGGCGUCGGCGUUAGUGGCAUGGACUGCAUGCCUUUGCGCCCCGGUCCGUUUCACUACCUCAUCAGCGAGCAAGCUAAGUCCCUAGUAGCCCUGCAGGAAUUGCAGAAUGAAGUCGGUGCCCUGCUCGAGUUCCGGGACCUCGUCAUCGAGACGUUCCCAAACCUCCGGCACAAGAUGGCCGCGACGGCGUCCGCGGGUGCGUCCGUGAUGUCGUCUACCUGUACCCAGAGUUCGCACAUCCCGUUACCGCUGUCGAGCCCGUCCUCGCGAAGGAUCAGCGAAUGGGAGCCUGGCAAAAUAAGGCGGCGAGUAACACGCGAAAGUAGCAGCGGCGGCGGCAGCGGUGGAAGCGGUAGCGGAGGUGGAGGUGAAUCGUCUUCGUCGCUGCCUAGAAGCCGCAGCAACUCCCACAGUGGCGGCACUAAGAACAACUGCAGUGCGACAGUUCAGGAUUCCGGUUUCAGCACGGAGACCUCGUCGAAGGACAGCGCUUCGACGGCGAUUGCGCCGCGAGCGAGCAGUCCCCGGCCGAAUACGUUGGACGAGGCGGAGGACGAACUCUGGAACCUGCUAGAUGUGAUCCACCGCAAAGGGAUUCGGCUGCGCGAAGAGGUCGAGUGCCUUCAGGGUCGUUUGGAGAGCGUGGCGACAGAGGAAUUAGUGUCGACGGAUGUGCUCGAGGCUGUGAGAAAAAUCACUGGUCUCGGUGAUACUGAUAGAACAAUUGGUUGCAGUAAUGUUGUCGAUAAGAAUGUCGAUCCACAGCAACAGGAUAGUAGGGACCCACAAGUGAUAGCUCUCAGGCGGGAGAAGGAACAGCUAUUAGACAAAGUGGCCGAGCUCGAGGCAGAGACGAUAUCGAGUCGUGCCCGAGCACAAGAAUUGCAAACAGAGUUGGCCGCCUUAUCGGCACUGAAGACUGGUCUGGAGGAUCGGUUGCGGGCUGGACUGACCGAGAACGCUUCGGAGAUUUUGACACCGGGCGUUCAAAGACUGCAACCUAUUGCGCCGGUAAUUUCCUCGCCGAAGAAUGCCAAUGUUACUAGUAUUAAGAGCAACAGUUCGGCGUUCGUGUCGGUCACCGGUAGUCCUGGAAGCAAGGCUCACAAGAGCCGCUUUCGCACGAGGACUAUCGAGAAGAAUGUAUUAUUGGAUGUUGUCGGAUGCAAUGACGAGAUGCGAAAUGUCGACAUCGAUGUUGAGGCAAACGUAAAUGAAAGGCGAGCCAGGUUGGGAGCGCUCGAUUCCAUCCUGGUCUCGCCCACCAGGGUGACUCACGUGAAAGACGUUGACUCAAGGAAGAUUGCGGCCAUUCUUCGCGAGCAUUCGCCCCUCGAGCUUCAGCGGCACCUAAUUACUACUACCGUCCAUAAUCAGGUCCUACAAAAAAGGCUAGAUGAAGUCAAGAAAAGUACAGAAACUCUCUCAGAGCGAUUGGACAAAGCGCGCGAGGAGAACGAUGAUUUGCGUUUCCAGUUAGAGGAACGAAAUAUCGAAUUAGAAGGCACGCGAGCGCGAGUGCGCGUAUUGGAGCGUCUUCAACAACGACCGCCAACGGAAGCCGAACCGGAGGCGGAUUUGGAGCAUCCCAGAUGCGAGCAAAGCGGCCUUGAGCCCGGUAGCAGUACGGAGUCCGCGCGGGACCAUCAUCAGCCAGUAGAGAUUAAACCGUCGCCGCGGCGGCGUCCUAGUCGUAUACCUUUACCCGGCAACGUGAGCGGCAAGACAACGACGACGCCUACAACGAGCGUGAUUGCAACAACGCCUGCACGACCGCCCAGUCACGGCAGGAACGAUAGCAGGGAAUCACUCAAAUCGCUAACGAGACCACCGCGUGAUUCUAGUCGCGACAGCCAUGGCGGCGGCAAGUCGUUAUCGAAACCGCGCGAAUCCAGUCGAGAUUCGUUAGGCAAUAGAAGUCUGUCCAGGAGUGGCGGUAAUGGAAGCAACAGCAGUAGCGUCGGCGGCGGCAGCAAGGAAACAAAUCGGGAGUCAUCUUUGAACAAUCGAUCCCUGCCGCGUAACAAUUCCAGCCGAGACUCCCUAAACAAAUCCUCCUCGCUGUCCCGCGCCCGUGACUCGUUGGAGUCUAACAACAACCUCGGCACAUCCUCGCCCAACACGGGAACGGUAAACGCUCCUCCUCGACGACCGCCCGCUCCUGCACGCCGUUCCCACAGCCUGGCGCGCGCAGCGACGUCCGUCGAUGCGUCCGAGAACGGCAAGGUACGACCUGUAAAGCAAUUCUUUUGGAGCAGCUGGCUGAAGUCACCGUUGUCCAAUGGUCCGAACUGCAUCGAAUCACCAAGUUCCUGGUGCUCGACCAACAGCAGUUUCCGGCACAGCGACUCGUCCCUCUAUCCGGACUCCUUGAAUCAAGAGACAUCGUCCGUUACCGGUUCCACACGAGUAGAAUUCAUAAUCGGUUCGCCCACCAGGCGCUUUCGCCCGAGCUCCGCGUGGCCUCACCGCUAUUUCGACAGCAUCGACUCGGCGGCUACAGUGCCAGAGAGCCUGCUAACCGACGAAUUUCCUCUACGACGCGGCGGCGAGGCCCUGGCCGAAGAUUUUGCCGUAUUCAUGCACCUGCUGAAGUGCGCGAUCGGUACCGGUAUACUCUUCUUACCGCACGCCUUCAGAAGGACCGGCUAUAUGAUGUCUAUCGUCUGCGGCAUCGUCAUUGGCACACUGUGCAUUCACAUGGCCGUCCUUAUCGUGCAGUGCUCCCAGAUGUUAUGCAGACGUAAUCGCGUGCCCAUGCUGGGUUUCGCCGAAACGGCGCAGUUCUCCUUCCAAUCAGGUCCGGAGAGGAUUCGAAAGUACGCCAGGCUAUUCAGUGUAGUUACCAACGUGCUCAUUUGCUUCGUGCACUUUCAGGCCGCAGUGAUAUACAUCUUAUACGUGGCCACAUCGUUCCAACAGGUGAUAGAAUUUUUCGCGAAUAUUCAGAUGAACUCGCGUGUUUAUAUCAUCAUCUUCUUUCCCUUUACCUGCAUCUUGGGCUUCGUGCCGAACCUGAAAUAUCUAGCACCGUUCUCCAUUAUCGGCACUUUCUUCCUGUUCCUUGGAGUUUGCACCGCGUUCUAUUAUUUCCUGGACGAUAUUCCCGAUCCUCGUAGACUCGACGUUGUGACGGAAGUCCUACCUGUGCCCAUGUAUUGCGCCAUUUUCCUGUUUGCUUUGCACAAUAUGACCCUGUAUCUACCGCUGGAGAACACGAUGAGGCAUCCUACUCAUAUGUCACGUAUAAUUAUUGCCAGUACCUUGCUGAACAUUGUUAUAUACCUAACUUUCGGCUUCCUGGGCUACAACAAGUACCCAGAAGCUUACGACACCGUUAUCAAGAACUUACCAAUGGAGGAGACCCUGUCCCAAGUAGUCAAGAUAGCUAUUUCCUUGUCAGUCCUGUUUACUUUCGGUUUGACAUACUACGUGCCAAUCAAUGUGCUAUGGCCUAUGAUCUACUCGAGAAUCGCUACUAAGAGUUCACUGCAACAUCGAUUUUAUGAAAGCUUGCUUCGAUUAGGCGGUGUAAUCCUCACCACGCUGGUGGCCAUCGCCGUGCCCCAAAUGGUACCUUUGUUGGGCCUGUUCUCCGCCUUGGGCAUGUCAACGAUCAUGCUGCUGAUACCCAUACUAAUCGAGACAUCGACUAAGUGGGCGGAAGCCACGAGGACGAUGUUCGCAAAGAACAUUGCUAUUUUCAUCGUGUGGCUAAUGAUCUUGAUUUUUGGAGCAAUAGAGAGCACCUGGUCAAUUGUUAGAGAAUAUAGCGGAAACCAGGAAGAAUGUUGAUUAAUAGUCUGUCAAACUGCUUGAGAGACUCUUAGCGCAAAAUUAUGUUUCCUAACAUAAAACGUAAAGCAGUGAUGUCACUUGAGGAUGUAGAUAAUCAGUAAGCAACGAAGGACAGAUUCUCUAGAGCAACGAAGCGAAAGAGGAUGAGAACGAAUAGAAUACACGGGAAAUCUUUAUAACAAUAUAUGUUCUUCGACUGUAUUUAUUUUCCCGCAUUGUGAUUUUAUGCACAAAGAAAUAUCUCAUGUUUCGCUCAUUAUGAGAUCAUUUCAGUUACCGGCAUAGCAUCGUAAGAAUGACGUAUCUCGAUCAAUCUCGUCUUGUGAUUUUUAUCUAAUGUCUGAUCAACGUGAUUGAUAUCUGACUGGUAUCAAGGACCCUUCAUUUCCGUAAAGAGUGGAAUGUGGCACUUGCGACAUUUCGAGGGGGCACCUUCAAUUUCCCUUGGCCGGCGUUUACGUAACGCGCGGCACUGCAGAGUUGCGCCGUUCGCGAUGUGGAACAAGAGCGACAACCUACAAUGAGAAACUACACCGGCGGCGCAGAAGCGGUCCAGAGAAGGGAGACCUGCCGGGGAUCUUUUUGCAAGACAACGGAGAGAGACGGUGAGUGCGCGCGACCUGCGAACGAAGAGAGACGAGGAUAAGGUGAAAGGGAACGCGCGUGAUGUGGAGGCGCGAAUCGAGCUGAUCGCACAGCCGAAUAACGUCCCUAUGGGUACAAAACACAGGCAACGGUUACAUGAUGUAGUAUUCUUCAGAAAUCGGAGGUGUCGACGAUAUCUGAUUCGAGCGGCUCGUCGCGUCUUCGACUUUAUAUCCGUGCCAUUGAUCAAUUAAUUACGCAGUCAUCAGCACUUGAACGAGAAUAAACGCGCAAUGGGAUAGAGAAGCGGAAGCGAUAUCGCAAGGAUUAGGUAGAGGGAAAGACGUGAAAGCGGAAAGCAAUUCGAUGUUUAUACGCUCGAUAAAUAGCGCUUCGAUCAAUAAUUUUGGAUGUCAUUAUCAAUUCUGAUUUUCUUAUUUAUUCAAAAAAAUC